UUCACUUUCUUUUGACUAUAAAGGGUGAGUGGGUAUUUUUCGGUGAAACGUAUGAUAAAAACACGAUCUGAAACAGGUUAUGGCGACAGUCAGAGCUGAAUUCAGUCUGUGAUAAUUGAAGAGAUCAUCUGUCGAGUAAUUGGACCAGUUUAAAGGUGAAAUCAUGACAAGUUUAUUGGAGGAAAUAAGAAGCAUCAGCGAAGAUGCAGCUUGUACAUUGGAGCGUGCUGAUUGUUCCACUGACUCUGAAAUUAAGUUACUGACUCGAUUUGACCUAAAUGAACUUCUACCCGGAGCUGAACAAUUCCGAGUGAGAAAGAAGGUCUUUGAAAAAAUACAGAACACACCAAAGCCAGCUGAUGUCAUCGCAAAAGAACUGAAGAGUUUACUUGAAGAUGAAGAUUUCAGAGUUGCUCUCACUGGCAAUGGGGCACCUGCCGACAACCUAAAUACUCUGAAGGAGCUGAAAGGCCCCGUGACUCAAUUCCAGAAGUUCAUCGAUGACCAUAUUCGUCAACUAGAAAGAUUACAUGAAAAUAAAGACCAAGAACCGAUUGAAGACCAAUUGGAAGUCACCAAUGUACCAGAUUCUUUGUCAACUAUAAGUUCCUCAGGCGCCAGUUCCCAGUCUGGGCCCCGGACUGACGCCACUGGUCAUAAACAGAAAACACAUGAAACAGGUAUCCCGGACAAACCUCAUCAAACCACCGGCAAUGUGCAAACAUACACACUGGUCACUGUGAUGAACAAGACGAUCAUCACAGGCAAAACCUUGGAUGCACAUAAGGAUGUGCUAAAACAAGUUGAAAAACAUUUUGUUCAAGACAAGGAUUCAUUUCGGCUUCAGCUGGAAGAGAAGGAAGAUGUUAAUAAUUGUAAGAUCAUUAUUGUCUUCUGUCCAGUUGUUUCACGAGUUGGGACAGAUGUUGAGUCAGCCAUGCGUGUAGUUCCAGAUGACAAAGACGUCAUUCUAGUGCUGAUGCACCACGCACGUGAAGCCAAGGCCUCAUGGAAUCUGAGAACUUGGUCCAGGCCCAAACAUGUUGUGUUGGAUGUCAACGUUUUCUUCCAUGACACAGUGUGUGGCUUAUUGAACUGUGAAGAAAACAAUGUUGCUGUCUCUGAGAUUCAAAGAAAACUACUGGACUACGGCAGUAGUAGAGAGAAAAGACAAAUCAGUCCAAAUGUAUCAUCGAGAUCUUUCAGUAGUUUCUUUGGUAGUCUCCCUAGCUUGUUUCCAAAUCGGGCAGAUAAGUAAAGCAUGUAAUUGCUUUGGUUUUGACCAGUGACUUUUGUUGUAUAUGAUGAUCUCUUUCUAUAUUUCUCUAUCUCACAUCAGGUUUGUUGUCUAUACCUACUCCAGUAAUGUGUAACAAAGCCAUAAGAAUAAUUUUGAAAAGCAAGUCACAUUUGUUUAGGUCUCUGUGCUUGUGACAAUGUGCUGUGAAUAUACUCUUUUUGCAGAUGCUGUUCCUUCACUAGGCAUAAACUAUUUUUAUGGUGUUUCAUCUUUUUGAUUUUACAAAUCAAUGUAAUAAAAAGGUGAGUAGGCCUGUUUUUAAGAAAUAGUGCUAAUGGACAUGUACAAGGACAGGGGCUACAAAGGCCAGUAACCAAUGAGCAGUUGAAGUUUUUGUAUCGAUCACAUUGACUUUUAUUUACUGUUUUGUAAUUAAUAUGAUAGAUAAUGGAACUGCAGGAUGUAAUGAUAUAACCCUAACCCUUAUAUACUCUUACAUGAUGAGCUUUGAUUAAAUUUUGAUUGUG